AUGUUGGAAAAAGAUGAUUAUAGUAGUUUAUAAAGAGGUGUUUUGUUUUUUUCACCAAUAAGAAUGUAUUUUAUGAAUUUUAGGAGGAAUCUAUAGAAAAUUUGCAUGAAAAUAGGACAUUGA